AUGGCUGCCCCAUGCCGGACGCAGCCGGUUGCAGCGGUCUUGGCACCGCACAGCCCCUGCCACAGGACACAGCCGAGCUUCUCUAUGACGGCAGAAGAUAUACUUCAGGUUUCAGUAAGGAAAAACCAGUUGGUUUUACACAAAGCAUAUAUUCUAUUACAUUUUGACUUUUUUUCCCCUCUUCUAGAUAAACAUCAUGUCAAUGGAAACAGAAUGGUAGAGCCUUUCCCGGAGGGAACACAGAUGGCUGUAUUUGGUAUGGGCUGUUUCUGGGGAGCCGAGAGGAAGUUCUGGAGACAGAAGGGAGUCUACUCCACUCAAGUGGGUUACGCAGGAGGGUAUACUCCAAAUCCUACCUACAAGGAGGUCUGUUCAGGUAAAACUGGCCACACGGAGUCUGUACGAGUUGUAUAUCAGCCAGAAGACAUCAGCUUUGAGAAACUGCUCAAGGUCUUCUGGGAGAAUCAUGACCCGACACAAGGAAUGCGGCAAGGCAAUGACUUUGGCACGCAGUAUCGCUCGGCCAUCUACACCUUUUCUCAAGAACAGAUGGAAGCUGCCUUGAGAUCUAAGGAAGAAUAUCAAAAGGUAUUGACGGAGGGCGGUUUUGGUCCCAUCACAACAGAAAUCCGGGAGGCUCCAGAGUUUUAUUACGCUGAAGAUUACCAUCAGCAGUACCUCAGUAAGAACCCCGGCGGAUACUGCGGCCUCGGGGGAACCGGGCUUUCCUGCCCUGUUGGGAUCAAGAAAUAG